CGAUCAACAUCUCAAAAAGGUCAUGUCUCAAAAGUCGGGAAGAUCUUCUCCAUCUCCAAAAGAGGAUGACGCUCAACUCCAGGUCCCUCCUACUCGAUCAUCCAGAUCUUCCACAUCUUCGCAGCCUGAUGUGGGACCUCAAACUCGCUCCGCUGGUCUUCCCACCAACCUCAAAUUGAAAGUCACUACUCAAAUGAGUAGACUGCAACUCAUGAAGGACAUCUUCUCCAAGCUGUCCAACGUCUCAACAUGGACUGUGCAGGACCUGUCACACACUCAAGAACAACUGCAAGACCUGCACAAGAACUUCUCAAAGACACACUCGUAUUUUGAGUCAGCGUGGCCUGAGUCUUGUCUCGACCACGAAUACUUCGCAUCCUCAGUCUUCUUCGAGGAAUACUCUCUAUACCAAUCAGCCAUCUCGAAAUUAAUACAACUCAAUAUGUCACUCAAUCCUGUGGAUUCACAGCCAUCCACUUCUGCUCAAGCCCCUCAGCCUUCUCAAACUCGUCCUCGAUUGCCUGACAUCUCAAUUCCCACCUUCUCAGGCGACUUCUCAAAAUGGCCUGCAUUCCGAGACCUUUUUCAAUCACUCGUGAUCAAUAGCACCUCAAUUUCUGACAUUGAAAGGUUACAUUAUCUUCGAACAUGUCUCUCUCACGAACCUCUCGACACCAUCUCCAGUCUUCCUUUAACGGAAGUCUCGUUCCCCAUAGCUUGGAAGAAGCUUAUGGAUAAAUAUGAAAAUAAAAGGCUGCUCCUCUCUUCUCAAUACUCAAAACUUCUCUCCUUCUCAUUGGCGAAUCAGAAAAAUUCUACCGCCUCAUCUCUUCGUCAAUUUAUUGACAGCAUCGUCAAUCCUCUCCAAAGUUUGAAAGCUCUAGGUGAAGAUCUAGAGCAGAACAAUAAUCUUUUGGUGUUCCAUAUCAUCAAUCGUAUGGAUCACGCCUCUCGCACUCAUUGGGAAACUCUCAUCUCCUCUAAUAACGAAUUUCCCUCCUUCGCUCAGUUGAUGGAGUUCCUCCAAUCUCGCUCCAGAGCUCUAGAAUGGACUGAGUCCAAUCAGAGACAGUCAUCUCAAGAAUCAUCUCGCUCUCGCACAACAGUGCACACAGUUUCUCAAAAGGUUAUUGCUCCAAUUAAACCUUCUACUUCACUCAUCUCAAGCAAAUCGGCCUCCUCGAACACUCCAAUCUCGAAAGUCUCUUAUAUGCCCGGCUACACCUGUGAUGAUUGUGGACGCGACCACUUCGUUGCAGAUUGCCCUCGCUUCUCCAAGCGCUCACCUCAAGAAAAGGCUGAUGUAGUAUUACAUCGUAUCCUCUGCUCCAACUGCCUCGGUAGACAUCAUCGCCACUCUUGCAGAACGACAAAGAUCUGCAAAAUCUGUGGAAGUCGUCAUCACACUCUUCUACAUGAUGCUCCUCUCAGCAGUAAACCACACUGCAAAGUUCCACCGGUACCCCCUCGAGUGCUUCCACAAUACGCUCUCACAUCUCAAAAAUUUGCUCAAAGGGAGCUAACUCAACCACGACUCAACACUCUCCUCGCCACUGCCAUCGCCCAUCUCACCACCUCAACAGGAUCACACACGGUUCGACUACUCAUCGACAGUGGAUCCGAGCUGACCUUCAUCUCUCAAGAUCUAGCCAGAAAACUCAACACCUCUAGAAGGAAGUCGCAUGUUACAAUUGUGGGAAUUCAUGGAAAGACUUCUAAGACACAAGGAUCUCUCGCCCUCACUCUCAAGUCGACGUAUGACCAUCAAACCAUAAAUAUUGAUGCUCACAUUCUUUCAUCAUCUUUCUCUAAUUUGCCUUCCUUCUAUACAUGUUUUCAGCAAUCUCUACAUCUCCAGCAUCUCAAGUUAGCUGAUCCAGAAUACCACAUCUCAAGAGCCAUCGACAUCAUUUUGGGUGCUGAUGUAUAUGGCUCAGUUGUUCUUCCUCAGAUGAAAAAAGGCCCUCCAUCAUCUCCAAUCGCGCAACUCUCAAUCUUCGGCUGGCUAAUCCUAGGACCUGUGUGUCAAGAACAGGAACGCCUUCCAAUCCAAUCUCCAAUGUUUCACACUGUUCAAGAUGAAGACUUACAUCAUCUCCUCACUAAGUUUUGGGAACAGGAAGAAAUUCAACCAACGUCUACCUCACAUCUCACCUCUGACGAGCAAGAAUGUGAAAACCACUUUGUCUCCACUCACUCUAGACUCUCCUCAGGGAAAUACAUGGUAAGAUUACCAUUGAAAUCAUCUAUUGACGUCUUAGGUUCUUCCAGACAACGAGCCUUCCGAUGUCUGCAAGCCUUGAUUCGGAAAUUCGACAAGGAUCCUGACUACUCUCUGCUCUACCACCAAUUUCUCGAUGAAUAUGAACUUCUCCAGCACAUGCAACCAGUCUCGUCAGAAAAGGUCAACUCAAGAUAUUUUCUUCCUCAUCAUGGUGUUCUCAAAACAGACAGCUCUACAACGAAACUGCGAGUAGUCUUCAACGGCUCCAGCCCCACCUCGACUGGCAUUUCUCUCAACGAUAUUAUGCACACCGGAGCGAAACUACAACUCGACGUGAUUGAUGUUCUUAUGUGGGUGCGUAAAUUUAAAUUUGUCUUCUCUACAGAUAUCACAAAGAUGUACAGACAGAUUCUUGUUCAUCCUGAUGAUUGGGAUCUUCAAAGCAUCCUUUGGCUCGACUCAAAUAACAACGUAAAGACAUACCAUCUCACAACAGUCACAUACGGAACUAGAUCAGCUCCAUUUUUGGCAAUCAGAGUUCUUCUCCAACUUCUCAAAGAUGAGGGUCACAACUUUCCACUAGCCAUUCCUCCAUUAACAAAAGGUCGUUAUGUCGAUGAUAUUUGUGGUGGAGCAGAUACUGAACAUCAACUUCUCGAAAUUGCCAAACAACUCCAGAACCUUUGCAUGGCGGCCGGCCUUCCGCUAGCAAAAUGGCAGUCAAACGUCUCAAGUCUCUCUCACGCCGUUCAAGAGGAAGAAUCAACACCCACUCCAAUCUCAUUCGAUGAAGGUUCUCACUCAACUAAAGUAUUAGGUCUAAUCUGGUACCCUCAAGAAGACUAUUUCACUUUUAAAGUCAGCUCCAAUCUAUCUGGGUCUUUGAUCACCAAGCAAUCAGUUCUAUCUCAUAUUGCUAAAAUAUUUGAUCCACUCGGUUUAGUCUCCCCUGUUACGAUUAGGGCUAAAAUAUUGUUGCAGGAAUUAUGGCUCCAAAAGUUAUCAUGGGACGAACCUCUACCUCAACUACUCCAACAGAAAUGGUACGACAUCAGUGAAGAUCUCUCAAAGCUGGCCAGCAUCACAAUUCCAAGAUGGAUUAACACUCAAGAGGGUUCUUUCAUACAACUCCACGGCUUCUCUGAUGCAUCUCAACUCGCCAUUUCAGCCGUUCUCUACCUUCUCGUUCGAACUCCGUCCAAAGAAUGCAAAGUUACAAUGCUUUGCUCCAAAACCAAAGUAUCGCCUUUAAAACCACUCACAAUCCCGAGACUCGAAUUAUCAGCUGCUCUUCUUCUCUCUCGACUCGUUAAUUAUGCGCAUAAUGUUUUAGCUCUCAACAUUCACUCAACCACUCUAUGGACGGACUCCUCAAUCACUCUAGCUUGGAUCAACACUCACCCUUCACGUUGGAAGGACUUUGUACGGAACAGAGUUGCAACAAUCCAAGAUCUAACUCCAAGGGCCCAUAGGAGGUAUAUUUCCGGCAAAGACAAUCCUGCUGACUGUGCAUCACGAGGGUUAACUUCAUCUCAACUUCGCAACCACUCGCUAUGGUGGACGGGACCACCAUGGCUUUCCAAGUCAGAAGAUUCAUGGCCAAAUCGUCAACCGGCACCGACAACCGACCAUGAAUCAGAAGCAAGACCAGCCAUCUCCAUACUCACCUCCACUACGUCAGACUACUCAUGGGAUCUCAUCUACAGGUUCUCGCACGACUCCAACGCAAGCUGGAUCCAGCACACCUCACACACCUGACUUCAACUGACUUGGAAGCAUCUCGAAGACAACUCAAAAAGUCUACUUUCCACAUGAACUCAAGGCUCUUCAAUCACAGACUCCACUUCACUCUUCACAUGUAUUCAGUAGACUCACUCGACAACUCGACAACAAUGGUUGAAUUCGUGUAGGCGGACGAAUUUCCCAUUCUCAGCUCGACCCAGAUAGCAAGCAUCCAAUUAUUCUUCCUCAACACUCUCAAUUUACUUCUUUGGUUAUAGAUGAAACUCACCAAACAACUCUACAUGUACAAGGCACUGUGGCACCGCUCUCAACAACUCAUGGCACAACUACCCACAUCUCAAGUGCAGCCAUCUCAUCCAUUCCUCCACACUCUGAGGAUUGAAAGCAGUCUUUUCGCUCCAGUUAUGGGUGGAUUGAGUAGCUCAGACACUGGAGUGAUGGAUUGCCUCAACUUCCUCACAAUGGAUAAUUUACGAAGACCUACUCGAUUAUAAUCAACUUCGUUAAUUAUGGCGGCCGGAAUGUUAAAAAUUGGAGUAAUUUUUAAC